AUGAAUGCAGUAACUCGUAGAUUGCUCAAAGAACUUAAAGACUAUCAAAAGGAAGAUCAUCCAGAUCUUAUUAAUCUUUCACCGACUCAAGAUGACAAUUUAUUAAUUUGGCAAGCAGUUUUGCGGGGUGAAAAUGAGACACCUUAUCAAGGUGGUUCUUGGACACUACGCAUUGAAAUACCAAAGUCAUAUCCCAUUCAGCCACCCAACGUUAAAUUUAUGACAAAAAUAUGUCAUCCAAACAUAAAUUUCAAAACAGGUGAAAUUUGUUUAGAUAUUUUAAAGAAUGCUUGGAGUCCUGCUUGGACAUUACAAUCUGCCUGUAUGGCUAUUAGAUUACUACUAUCUAACCCAGAACCCAAUAGUCCACUAAAUUGUGAUGCAGCAAAUUUACUUCGAUGUGGUGAUUUAUUGGGAUAUGAAUCUUUAGUAAGAAUGUACACAGAACUUUACGCAUCGGGUCAAGAUAUCGAAGAAUAUUAUUAA